AUGUACCGAAACGAGACGACUCUCGUGCUUCUUCUAAUUAUUGCCUGCAGCUGCUUAUCAAAUGUUUCUGCAUGGAACAACGCCAACAACAACAAGCAGGGUGCUCUGAACUUCUUCCCCCUUCCCUUUCAGACUACUGCCCUUGGUGGCAAACAUCUCGUAGAUGCCGGUAAAGCCUUAAAGAAGGCUUCCAAUUGCUUUCAAAACAUCGGAGACAGCUAUUACGCCUAUCCUACCAUUCUACGAGAAGCCGCGUGUUCCUUGACCGAUGCUGGAAAUGCUUGGAACCAAGAUCACUGGGAGGCGGUGACCUAUGCCAUGGACGACUGUGCUUCUUCCUUUGUCAUGUUGUCUCAGCUUCAACGAUCUGUCGAAAUGCAAAAGGCCUACAAGGGUGCCGCUGGAGAACUCAAGGUCAUUGCCGGAUUGACCGAACCUAUGGAAGCGACUGAAAAUUUGAUACAAUUGAGCAAUUAUUUCAAGUUGGUGGCCAAAGUGGAAACUAUGGAGGAACGACAUCGUCAGCAUGUUGACACGGUGUCCUUUGGGAAAUACUUGAAGCAAGCAUCCCAAUCCGUUCAAACCUUGGGUCGGGAGCAGAGGUGA